UUCUUACUGCCUUCAGUGUCCGCUUACUUCGCGUAACUUGUUGAUGCAAAUCCACAUUUUGAAAGUAAAAUGCCACAUUGUUGUCCAAAAGAUGUGGUAGAAAAAAAGAGGAGCAAUAUCUUUAGUCAGAGACAUCCAGGGUCCCUGCUUUUGGAUCUGCAGCAGCUUGGUCCAAAACAAUCUUGAAAAAAACUUCUUCUUUUUUUGCCUUAAAACCUAAAAAAUAUGAAUAUAAAAAAAUGCCCCCGCCCAAAACAACAUUUAAAGUAUUGAAAAAUAAAAUGUAUAUCACAAAAAUACGAAUUUGUCAUUAAAAGUUAAAGUUGCAGGUGAACAUGCUCAGUGUCUCCCUGCAGACUGAGAAGAAGUGAGUUGGUUCUGUCAGGUUCUGCGCUGUUCCUUAAAGGGGAGAGGUCACGUUCAUGCCACGCAUCAACUCAAAAAAAAAACAAAAAAACGUCUUAAUGCUGAAAAGUCGCUUUCCCACUUGUUUUGUUUGUUUCUGCUACAAGAUCGACAUAAUCACUUGGUCACGAUGCAUGCAGCCUCACUUGCCAGACACUGAGAAAUGUGACUUUUUCUGCUUUGCUCCUGCAUAACUCCAUCAAAGUACAGAAUGCAAGACCAUGCAGGCUCACUUUUGUUGCGAUGCAGUGGGAGGUGGUUCAGGUGGGGGAUGGAGGGGAGCAAAGGGGGGUGUGGGGGUCUCCCGUCAAGCCUCACUUCCUUUCAAGCAGAACCUGCAGCACGAGCUCCACCUUCCUGAGGAGACACUGCGCCGUUUGUUAGUCACGUGCACGCCGAAUCGUCACUUUGGACUCGGAACCACUUUUUCUGGUCCAGUCCAAGUCUUUCUUUUGCCGGAUUUAUGUGGAGGCAUCUGUCCUCCCACUCUCUCUCUCCCUCUCUCUCUUCCUCCUCCUCCUCUCUCCCCUCCCGCGCCUCUCUCUCCUGCUGCUCUCAGGUGGAUCCACUCGCUCCUGCUCCGCUCCUCCAGCCGCGGGAGAGUGCUGAAGAUGCGGCGAGCAGGUUUCAGCACCACGGACAGCUGCCGGCUUCUGCUGCUGAUGGGUGUGCUGGUUCUGGCCGAGCAGGAAGGUGAGAACCUGUCCGGUCUGUCCACCAAUCCGGACCAAGGCAUCUUCGCCGUCCGGGAGAAUGGAACCACGUGUCUGAUGGUGGAGUUUGCGGUCAAAUUCCUGGUGCCGUACGACGUGCUCGCCCUCAACCGGAUCGACCUGAUCACAGAGCAGGCGUCCUUCACAUUGCCUCGCGGGGCUCAGAUUGAUGGCAAGUGUGGCAGCACUGAGUCAGAAAUCAACAUCAGCUGGAAGAACAAUUCUUACACACUAUGUAUAUUUUUCUCCAAGGACAUCCGUGAUCGAGGCGAAGUGUGGAAGAUCAACAAGGUUCAGUUUGCCUACGACACGUCAGAAACAACACACUUCAUCAAUGCUUACAACCCUGGAAAAUACACGGCCAACACACAUCGCCUGUCAGCCUUGGUGACCCCCGCCGGGCACUCCUACGUGUGCACAGCGCAGCAGACCCUCACCCUCAUCAGCAGUGACCACCAGAAGGGCGUCACAGUUGCCAUGUAUGACAUCCAGAUUCAGCCUUUCGACAUGACCUCAGACUUUGUCUUCAGCGAGCCCUACAAGUGCAUCACGGACCAGCGGGAGCGCUUGGAGGAGACCCUGCCGCUGAUCUUGGGCCUGGUCUUGGCGCUCAUCAUCGUCAUAACGCUCACCGUGUACCACUUCCACCUCAAGUUGACCGCAGCCAGCCAGCCCCAGCUGCCCCGCGACCGCUCCAUGUACAAAAACAUGUGAGAGACUUCCUACCUGUGGACAAUUCCAGCGUCCUCCAACGCGGACAUGGACGUUUAACACUUUGGGGGCUUGCAUGGAUGUAGUUGACCCUCCAAACAACCCCGCUCUGUGUCUUUAAGCAUCACCAUCGCCAUGACUACGCCCACUCUGACCAAUUUCUCGUUUGCCGUCUUUUUCUCUGUCAAGUCACUGCUCAAACCCACGCUCCCUAACCUCUGACCUAUCCAUGUUUGUUGCUGUGCGUCGCCUUCAUAGUGGACGUCUUGUCGCGCGUGAAGUCUUGUCCUACCUUUUCACUAUUUGCUUCCGCCGCAUGUGUUAAACCUGUCUAAACUAAAGGAAGAAAGCCUGAAUUUGUCAUUUCAAAGAAAAAAGGUCAAAUAUUUUUGCGAGAAACAAAAGUCUAUGCAUAAAAAAAUAAAACCUUCUACUGAA